AUGCAAAAGCGUAAAAACAGAUCCCGAAAUACUUCAAAAGCCCGUAACUUAACUAUUACAGACCUAAGUGUUGUAAAUGACACUCAAACUGAAAAUAACUUAGAUUAUACUAAUGUAACAAAUUUAACACUUGUUAAUGACCCAAUGCUUACAAAUACUAAUGUAAUAUCAUUAGAACAAGUAAUAAAUAAUACCCAAAAUAUUUCAAAUGACAUUUGCACUUUAACUAAUAUAACUGCUAAUCCCAUUUUGCAAGCAAAUUCCAAAACUAAUGCUCUAAAUAAUUGCACUAAUAAUGUCCCAAAUAACUCAUUGCAUGGAAGUAACACUCAAAAUAACCCAAAAAUUAUUUCAAAUAUUACAUGUGAUUGUGUAACUAACGCAGCUAAUACCCUUACUAACAAUAACCAGAUGUUUGAAAGUAACGGCAAACAUGAAUUUAAGUCUAUAAUCACAGUCGGCUCAGUAACUCCUCAAAAUUUUGAUGGGAGUGGUGAUAUAGAUGAUUGGAUUGAUCAUUACACUUACAUUGCUAAAUGUAAUAAAUGGAGCAAUAAUAUGAAAAAGUUGAGACUCCCAGUACACUUAAAAGGCAUGGCUGAGAUGUGGUAUAGGAAUUUUGUUAAACUUAAAACAGAUGCCACAUAUGAAAAUAAAUUGUCAUUAGAUGACAUUUAUGAGGGUCUUAAAAGCGCUUUUAGUCCAAAAAAUUACAGAUCAUUUCAGCAAUUAAAAUUAAUUACCAGAUACCAACAGCUCAAUGAGUCAGUCAGUAACUAUUAUUAUGAUAUAAUUAGAUUAUGUGAGAAACUUAAUCCCCUUAUGGAUGAACAAGAAAAACUGACACAUAUUAUGCGAGGGCUGAGAUCUGGAAUGUUAGAAAAAGUAGUUAUAUUUGAGCCCAAAGAUUGUAUUGAUUUAUUAAGUAAACUUAAGUCAAUAGAAGAGUCCGAAUUCUUAUCUCAGAUAAGACAAUCUCAUAAUUACCUAUUUAUAAAUAGUGUUGAGCAUAAUGAACAGUCUCUAAAUAAGUUUCAAAAACAAAAUGAGUCCCAAAUUAAUAGCACUGAGUCCCAAAAUGAUAUUUCUAAAUUAUGUUCAAUGUUUGAACAGUUUAUGAAUAAAUACCGUAAUUAUGAUAGUUACAGAUAUCAAUAUAGACAAACUGUUGAAGGUAGACCUGUUUGUGAUUUUUGUCACAAACCUGGUCAUCUUGCCCGUUCGUGCUAUCACAAACGAAGCACUACGAUAAAAUCAGCUACAAGAGCUAUUCUUCAGUCACCUGGAUCUGCAUCAGCAGAUCAGGUAAAUUAG